CUUUACUAUGGUAAAUUCCUGUUUCAGGUUUUGAGUCAAAUCAGCAAAAAUGGCAGAAGGACCUGGUAUGUCUGGUCGCAAAAAUAAGCGUGGUUACAGCUCAAAGAAACGGAAUCAGUAUAGAGGUAAUCAGGAUAACUACAGUGGAAAUUUUAAAAGGCACAGAAAUGAGGAUGCAGCUUCAGAUAGUUUCAGCAGAAAUAAAGUUCAGAAAAAGCCUUUUGUUAAGGUGCAAAAACCAAAAAGUGGCAGAAAAUAUACAAUUAGUAUAGCAGUUCCAGCCUCAAUCCUUGAUGAGACAAGUAUAAAGGAUGAACUUCGAACAUACGUCGUUGGCCAGCUUGCUAGGGCAGCUGUCAUCUAUUCAGUUGAUGAAGUUAUAGUAUAUGAUGAUGGCUGCUGCCCCAAAAAAGACUCUGGACAAGAAAACACCAACGAGGGAUCAUUAGAAAAAAUGAAAAUGUUAUUGGAGUAUCAAGAACUACCACAAUAUCUGAGGAGAUAUUUCUUUGGCUUUGAUAAACAUUUACGUUUUGUUGGGCUGCUUAAUCCUCUGAAUGCACCACACCACUUUAAAUCCAAUGAAUGGUGUGAAUACAGAGAAGGGGUAGUCCUAAAGAGAUGCAAAGAUGACCUCCCCUUUGUUGAUGUUGGCCUAGGUCAAAAUAUAUUAAUUACCAAGAAAGUGGAUCCUGGAUUAAGAGUGACUGUCAAGUUACCACAUAAUCCUCCAGAGGAUUUUGAUAAGGAUUGUAGUAAAAUCCAUGGUCGUGUGGUUGCCCCUGGUGAGCCAAGAUUAGAAAAGGGCUACUACUGGGGCUAUUCUGUACGAGUUGCAAAUAGUCUUUCAGAGGUUGUCACAGGCUGCACUUAUCCAGGUGGAUAUGAUCUCAUAAUUGGUACAUCAGACAAAGGAGUGGAUGCAAAGAAGGCAGAGUAUUCCGAGUUCUCUCGUGCAUUAAUUGUGUUUGGAGGUGUUGAAGGAUUAGAGGCAUCAAUAGCGGCCGAUUCCCAGUUGCGAGGGUCAGAACCAUCAGACCUCUUUCAUUUUUACAUUAACACUUGCUCCCAUCAACAAGUUCGGACUAUUCGAACAGAAGAAGCUGUGCUGAUAUCACUGUGUGUUCUACAUGAUAAGUUGUCUGAAAAAGGGAUUAAUCGGUAACUUAUUGUAUUUUUUAACUGAAGAAAUAUUUUAGUACAUAUACAGAAUUCUUG